AUGGAGAUUAGUCCGGAUAACGAGGUCGUCAUCAAGGAUCUACGCAUCCUCCCCUACAAGAUGGUCAACGUCAGGGAGGAGCGAAUAAGCCUGAAGGCGCUACAGAAGUUUCAGGCAACAAUAUCCAAGCUGGCGAGCAAGUUUAUCACCAAUGAUGACGACCUGCCAGGUAUAGACUUAGAGUCUGACAGACAGGCAGGGGAAGUAGCAGACACUGCUGACGCCACAAUGGAUCAAACCGAUGCAAGAGCAUCGCCGAAACGUAAAAGUGGUGGUCUUUGUGUUGUUGGUGACGAGGAGGAGGAGGAGGAUGGUGGUGAUGAUGAUGACGACUUGACCAAGCAGCUGAAUUUAAACGACUUACUUGGAGGACUCCUUGGAGGACGUGGACGCGUCGUGUCUGAUGAGCGCCGAGCCAGCCCGAGCUCCACCUCCACCACCCCGGUACGGAACAGUUGCAGCAAGAAGACCGCCGCCACGACCGAGCUAGCCGCGGACGAGGAUGUGUUUGCAAUGCCAGAAGUCUCGGCAACCAAGAAAUCCGGCAAAGAAAUUACAAGCGCAGACUCAGAGGUUGCAGAAUCUGAGGCGGUUACAAGGGAAGAAAUUAACAAAGAGGCAGAGAAGGGACUUUCAGAGAAUGAAUCCCCGAAGAGAGGCCGUUUCCCAGAGAAAGCCGGAAGAACAUCACCGCAGAAAUCCCCUGCGGGUAGAGGAAAGAAGAAUGUGUCACCGAGAAAAGAUUCAGAAAAGAGAAAAGCCUCCUGUUUGCCAGUUGAUUCGUCGCCCGAGAAAAGAAUCGCCUCCGAGUCGCCAGCGAGACGGAACCAGGAGAAAAGAAAAGCUUCAAAAUCGCCGGCAACGAAGAGAAAAAGAAUGUCAAAGUCACCUGAUUACAAAGUAAAUGAGAAAAAGAUUGGUUCACAGAACAAUCCUGAAAAGAAAAAUGUUGGGAAGUCUCCCUUGAAAGAAGCUGCAAAGGGAGACAAAUCCCCUUCCAAGAGAAAGUCGUCGGCUUCUCUUUUCUCCCCUGAUGAAAGUAAAGCUGGAGAUAAAGCUAAACAGAAAGUUACGGCAAAAGAAGUAGGACCUUCAAAGGCUAAGGCGGAGGCAAACAACGAUAAAAACACCAGAAAACCACCGUCAGUAAUUGCAAUCCCUAGAAGAAUGUAAGGAAGGCGGCUAAUAGGAAUGGUAGUAAUAAGACCACAGACUCUCCAGAUAUGACUCGUGCGAAAUCUGUUCGCGUUUCUUGGUCAAUGUCUGAGAAGACAAAAGCGGACGCCACCUUGGCAGCCAAAAAUUCGCCAGGGAAAGAGAAAAAUGCGGGAGCUGAAAAGGCAGAUGAUGCAAAGUCAGGGCGGUCCCUGGUUAAGUUUGUGGUGGACACGCCAGAGAAGACAGAAGAAAAAAGGCGUACCUCGGCUAGGUCUGUGGCAGACACACCGGAGAUCUCUUCACCUAGGAGGACUACAAGGUCCGUGGUGGAGGAAUCUAUACAAGUUUUUUCCCUGCGGCAUUGCUACUAUUUUUAAAGCUUAACCUUUAAAUUAGGUUGAUAUACUACGCCUGAAACCCAGAGUCCAUUCUAGCCAAUGUGUUGAUUCAUAGUCGCUAAGGUUAGCUUGUAGAGAUAAACUAUUGGUAACCUGUGACGUGGCUUUUUAACUUGCUUACCCAGCGAUGUCACACUUUGUACAACACGGCCAUGUAAGCACCAUAAUCGCUCAACCAGCGAUUACACACUGUUUAACUCGGACCUUUAAUACCAAGAAUCAUUCAACAAGCGAUUAGACACAUACAAGUUUUUCUCGUACGGUAUGGCUUCUAUCUUUUAAGCUUAAAUGUUCAACGCAUAUAAACGAAUAUUUAUGUUGGUAUACUUUUUGCAUUAAGAUACCGGUAUAUACCGUAUAAUUAAUGGCUUAUGCAAUU